CUCUAUGACAACCUUAAACGCGACGAGGCCCAGAUAUUAGCUCAACUCCGAACGGGAAAGAAUCGACUCAACAGUGCCGUCUACGUUAGCAAAGCGGUAGAUUCGGAUCAGUGUGAAUGGUGCUGCCGACCCGAGACGGUCAGACACUUUCUAACGGAAUGCACGCAUUGGGCCAAACAGCGCCAACAAUAUCUUCAGGUUACUACGGAUCGGUGGAUGGAUGUGUCAUUCCUUCUCGGAGGAUGGACGAAUGAAAGAGUGGACGGAGCGCUCAAGAAAUGGAAGCCGAACAUGGAAGCAGUCAGAGCAACGAUCCGUUUUGCGAAAGCCACCGGUCGAUUGAAGCUCGACCCUGAACAAAGGAGGUAAUAACCCUGUUUGAGAAUGCAACGAGCCUACACUCGACAGUUCCUGUGCCGAUGAAAGAGCAGUAACACUCAAGAAGAGUAGUAUUGAGGAUGGAAGUGUAUAGGGUCGUGGAGGGACCUCAGUAGCCGCGGGUGGGAUGCCGCCGAGGACCAAGAGCAGGAAGUACCAUGAACCGGGAAUUUCACGUGCAGCCAUGUAGAAGCAGCUAUUUCCCCAUUGGGCUUAGCCCGCCUGGGAGUAUGAAAAUCAAUCAAUCAAUCAAACA